AUGGUCAAGCCUAUUGUUUUUGCUGGUCUGAUGACUACUUUCGUCUACGGGGCCACAGCGCAGACUGCCAAGGAGUGGGGUCAGUGCGGUGGAAUUGGGUAUGUCGGCCCUACGGCGUGUCCUACAGGUUGGAUCUGCACGCCCACAGCCUCUCCAUUUUUCUCUACAUGCCAGAAGGCAGCUACCACUGCCGCACCAAGUUCAACCUCCUCGACGUCGAGCGUCAUCUCGACUUCCAAGAGAGUCACCUCGACUUCUACGAAAUUCGCCUCGACCUCCACAAGAAUCGGCGCGACAUCCACGAGCGUCACAAGUUCAAGUUCUAUCGCUACUGCCCCAGAUGCGGUGGAACCGGGUGGGUUGGCCCUACUGUAUGUCCUACAGGAUGGACGUGCACUCCCACAGCCUCUCCAUCUUUCUGGCACUGCCUGCAAUGGACCCCGACUGCGAUACCAACAACUUCCAGCGUCUCGAGUUCAGUUUCUAUCGUUACUGCCCGGGAGUGGGGCCAGUGCGGUGGAAUCAAUUGGACGGGCCCUACAGUGUGUCCUGCAGGCUGGGUUUGCACGCCCACAGGCUCUCCAUAUUUCUUCCAAUGCCUGCAAUGGUCCACUACGACGACACUGA